CUUGACAUUAGCGAAACAAUAACAGUUGGUGUUACUUUAAAGUCAAACCUCUGUAGUGACUGUUACGUGUUCCGUCCAUCUGACUUUCGAGGAAAUUGGGAAUUGCAUAGUACGUGCUCUGCGCACUUCACUUUUCACAUGAUUUAAACCCUUUAAAGUUGAAUCAGUAUUUUCUACAGUACACGCGCUUUGCAGGAGUGGCCAGAGCCAAAAGCAGAUUCAGAUCAGAUUUCACCCAAACCAGCCGGGAGAGAGAGCGAAGAGAGAACGUUUGUCAUUCUCCUUCCCUUUCCGAUCCAGAAAAGCUUUAUAGAGAGAGAACGAAAGGAGUGUGAGAGAGGAGGAGAGAGACAGGGGGAUCUAAAGGAAUUUCCAAGGAUAUUUCUUCUGUCGCCGUGAGAAAAAGUGAUUGUCAGUUGGGGGCGAGGCAGAGACGGCGGUUAAGGAUGGACGAACAGCCUCGGUUGAUGCACUCCCACGGCGUGGGCAUGGCCGGACACCCUGGCCUGGCGCCGCAUAUGCAGGAUGGCACGGGAGGGACGGACGGAGAUGGAAGAAAGCAGGAUAUUGGAGACAUAUUACAGCAAAUAAUGACGAUCACAGACCAAAGCUUGGACGAAGCACAAGCCAGGAAACAUGCUCUGAACUGUCACAGGAUGAAACCAGCACUCUUCAACGUCUUGUGUGAAAUAAAAGAGAAAACAGUGCUCAGUAUCCGUGGCGCCCAGGAGGAAGAGCCUCCAGAUGCCCAGCUCAUGCGUCUGGACAACAUGCUGCUGGCAGAGGGUGUGUCCGGACCAGAGAAAGGGGGCGGGUCUGCGGCAGCCGCAGUGGCGGCGGCAGCGGCGGGAGGUGGGGUGGGCUCAGACAACUCUGCUGAACACUCAGACUACCGGGCCAAGCUGACCCAGAUCCGCCAGAUCUACCACACGGAACUGGAAAAGUACGAACAGGCGUGUAACGAGUUCACCACCCACGUGAUGAACCUGCUGCGGGAGCAGAGUCGCACGCGGCCCAUCUCUCCCAAGGAGAUCGAGCGCAUGGUGGGCAUCAUCCACCGUAAGUUCAGCUCCAUCCAGAUGCAGCUCAAACAGAGCACGUGCGAAGCCGUCAUGAUCCUCCGCUCGCGCUUCCUUGACGCCAGAAGGAAGAGGAGGAACUUUAACAAACAGGCAACAGAGAUCCUGAAUGAGUAUUUCUACUCCCACCUGUCUAACCCCUAUCCCAGUGAAGAAGCCAAGGAAGAGCUGGCCAAGAAGUGCUCCAUCACGGUGUCACAGGUAUCAAACUGGUUUGGUAACAAAAGAAUCCGAUAUAAGAAAAACAUUGGCAAGUUCCAAGAGGAAGCCAACAUGUACGCGGCAAAGACAGCUGUCAGUGCGACCAGUGUAUCGGCCCACGGCAGCCAGGCCAACUCUCCGUCCACACCCAACUCUGCAGGUUCUGCUGCCUCUUUUAACAUGUCAAACUCUGGAGACUUGUUCAUGAGUGUGCAGGCUCUGAAUGGGGACUCCUACCAGGGGGCCGGGGUAGGGGCCAACAUUCAGUCCCAGGUGGAUACUCUUCGCCAUGUUAUCAGCCAGACAGGAGGAUACAGUGACAGCCUGGCUGCAAGCCAGAUGUACAGUCCACAGGGCAUCAACACAAACGGUGGCUGGCAGGAUGCCCCGACCCCCUCGUCAGUGAUCUCACCCACAGAAGGACCUGGAAGCGUUCACUCGGACACCUCCAACUGAUUCUUUGACCCUUCCCGCACACCAGCCCAACAAUGAACUGGCAAAGCCAUUUACAGUAUUAAAAUAGAGGCUAUAAUACAGUGUCCUGUAGAUUUCAGGGGUGAAAACCCUAACUAAAAACUAAAUUUCCUCAUCUACUGUACUAUGGGACAUUUGAGAUACAUUACAAUGAUAGGAAUUUCAGAACAAAAAUCUAAAUGAUACAAAAAUUCUGAAUAAAUAUGUUUGUACAAAU